AUGAACAUCCUCACUUCAUUCCCUUUCACCUUCAAACUUACCGUCCCUGGCUUGUCCAACCCGUUCACAUCCCUUACGACCACACCAAGCCCGACAUCGUCGAAGAACAUACCCAUACCACCAGGAGACCCACCUUUGGACCGUCCUUCUCGUUCCCUAAUUCGACCGACUAGGCCUCUCCCCAUCUCUGUGACCGCACCAACUCCAAUGAGUGCCCCAGGCUCUCGGACUAUGCGACCUCCAAGACCCUCAUUUUCGCCUUCACCCUCUCCGACGCCUUCAAGUGCCCUGUCACUGACCCAGACGUACUCUCAUCUCGGUCCCAGGCCACAUUUUGUCCACUCCCUCUCCCCGUCUCCCGCGCCAAUUAACCGCAAACGGGGAUGGGAGCCGUCUUGUUCACCCACCACAUCCGAGACGACGUUGACGCUCACCAAUGGCUAUUUGGACACACCUGCAAAGUACCGGGAGUUGACUGGGGGAAUGGAGAGAGAAGCCGAACAUAUCCAGGGCGUGAGGGAAUUGGACGAAGAUGUGACGGAUGACGGAGAUGACGGUGUUUUGAUCGAGGACUAUUCAGUUUCCCGCUCUUCACUCUUGUCUCUGUUCUGCUCUGCGAUGUGCCUUUCCCCUCGUUUGUCCUGCCUUUCCCUUCUGGCUACAACCAGGGUAAUUUAA